ACAAAAAUUACAAAAAAAAAAUAAAACCAUCUAUAUAAAAUAUACGAUUUCUACAAAUAUUUAAAUGUUCAAUAUCAAAUUCACAUAGCUCAAAGAUAGCGCUACUGUUUGUUAUGUUUUUUUUCGUUCCCGGGGUAACCGCGCUCAAGCGUGCACAUGUUCGACGCCGUUACUAAACCUGCUUACCCCUAAUGUUACUGUACGUGAUGUUAUUAUGUUAAAAAUUAAAACGAGAAAAUGCUCGACGAUGCAGAUCUUUUUGCACAAUUGUGUCGAAAACGCGGCAUUAUUGCAGAACCAGACAUUGUAAAGGCCGUCAAGACGAGUUGUACGACUGGCCAACUCUUUCUUGGAAACACAUCAAUUAUAGCUGGUCUCUGUGAUAUAAUUGCACAAGUAUUAACAUCCAGUUCUAAUAUAAAAGUGUUGGAUCUCAGCGAUUGCAUGCUACUUUCAAAAGGCUUAACUUCCAUAUUCAAAGCGUUAUCUCAGGGUUCUAGUGUUCAUUCACUAUUUCUUAAAGGCAACAAUAUAAGUGGUCAUUUAGUUGAUCAAUUAGGUGAACUUUUCUUAAGCAACAAUACUCUCAAAAUUGUACAUAUUGAAUGGAACAAUCUUGGAGGGCAGGUACAAUCAUUUAGUAAAUUUUGUACUGGUCUAGCAAGGAAUCAUCACAUUGAAGAAUUAGACUUAAGGUACAAUCAAAUAUCAACCUUAUGUGCAGAUGCCUUAGCAGCAGCCUUUAUAACUAAUAAAAAUUUAAAACGAGUGGAUUUGUCUUGGAAUUCUUUGGGUAUGACGGGUGGUCAGAAAAUCCUUCAAGGCAUUAAACAAAAUUAUAAUAUAGUCACACUUAAUGUUAAAGGCAACUGUAUUCCAAGUGAUAUACAUUCAGCAAUCAAAGAGCAAAUAAUGGAAAAUCAAAAAAGGAAAAUACUUGCUGAAAAACCAAAAAGUAUUUUUCAUAUACAAGAUCGGGUUUCAGUGGAUUCAAGUGAAGAUGAUAAUCAAGUGAUGGUCAGUAAGAAAAAACAUAAAAAGAAAAAAGAAAAAGAAAAGGCAAGAACACAUUUAUUGGAAGAACACAGAGGAACACCAUUGGGCAAUUCUGGCAACGAUGAUGAGGAAAAUUCUAAAAAAUCAAGUAAUAGAAGUAACACUUAUGUUAAUGAAAAAAUUCAAACCUUAAAUCAAAUGUUAUUGGAAAGAUCUGCUGCCAUUGACGUUUUGAAAACUGAAAUAGAUACAGUAAAUAGUGAAUUAAAAAUUAUAGAAACAGAAAACAGAGAUCUGAAAUCUGAAAUAGAAAAAUUGAAGAAAGAGAACAAUAACAUUUUAGAGGAAAGAAGUACAGAAAUAGAAAAUUUGAAAAAAUAUAAUCUUAAAGAAAAAGAAAAUUGGAAAGAAACUUUCAAAGAGCUUGAAGAAUUCAAUCAUAAUAACAUUAAAUUAAAACAAGAAGCAGAAAAUAAACUUAGAACAUAUGAAAAAGAAUUACGAAAAUCUGCAUUAGAAUUACAAUCUUUAAAAGAAAAACACUCAUCGACAGUACAAUCAUUAGAAGAUACUAUAUCCGAUUGUAAGACAGAGGUACACAGAGUUAAAAGAGAAGCUGCAGAGAAAGAAACUCGAUAUCGUAUAGAAACAAACGCCCUGAAAGAAACAUUAAAAGAGACUACUGACGCUCUGGAGAAAUGUCAAGAACAACUGCAAAAGCUUAGAAAUGAUCUGCGUGAGUCCCAUGAAAUACAAACCAAACUUAAAAUUAAAACCGAUGAUGCUGAACGCUUUGCAGCCCGUACUGCUAAAAUAGAGGAAUCAUUAAUAAAAUCCAAAGAGGAGCGAGAUAAAUUGGAAGAUAAACUUCAAGAAUCAAGAAAAUUAGUGGCUACAUUGCAAAAACAAGUGAUAAAAUUGCAAGAAGAAUCUAUAGAGCCGCAGAAACGAUAUGAAUCUUUAAGACUAGAGUUGCAAAUUGAAAGAGAGAAGUCAGAAAAUUUAAAGAAAGAUAUACUUGAAGAACGAUCGAGAUUAAAAGAACAAAACGAACAAUUACAAAAAAUGAUAAAUCAAAUUAAUAAUUUAUAUGCUCAACUUAGUGAGGCACAAAAAAACCAUAGUGAGGCCUUGAGAGUAAAGAACGGUGAGAUUGACAAAUUGAAAAAUACCAUUGCACAAAAAACCAGAGAUCUUGAUGAAUACAAAUCUGAGCAAGUUCAGCGAGCUCAUCAGUUUCAAGCAGCCAUCUCAAAGUAUCUUGGUGGAUUUAACGAAAGUAACGCUCAAAUUUCUUGAGCGGUACUAAUUUAUUGUACAAAGUUAACGAAAAUUACAUAUAACUUAGUGCCGAGAUUCUUUUGUGAAUAGAAA